AUGUGCAGAUACACCCUGAUCUUCCACUAUGUAUGAUAGCCCAUCCAACAGGAAACAGUAUAAAAGCUAACUUUUACUUCUUAGAUGUGCGAAGACAAGUCAUACGCUGUCAAACGAUGCGCUUUCGCAAGGCGUAAUAACUUCGACUGCCCUAAAACCAAUAGUGAUAGUCCAAUGGUCACAUGCAUCAGCAUGUGUGACGAUUGUUUGGAUGAUAAUGACGAGGCUUUGAUACGGAUGAUAGAGAGGAAAGAUCAAUGGAUGAGAACCAAGAGCAGAGACAAGGCAAAACAUGAACGACAAGAUAGAUUGCCAAACACACCAUCACCACGAAAGAAAUGA